GUCUAACUGAAGAGCUAGCUAAUCGAAAUGAUUAUCAUUCAAAAUUGCGCAACGUUAGGUAGUAAGCAAUAUUACCCGACGCGAAGCUGCAUCGUAAUCUAAGAAAAUACCCAAGGUAGCAGCUGAGUUCCAAUGAGAUUCAUUCUACCGCCCCGUUGCUGUGGAAACGGCAACUUCCCGGUUUCUUAACCCACGAUACACAACCCCGUCAUUUCGUUAUGUACCUGCAUAGGUACGUUGUAUUUGUAUUGUAUUAUUUGUAUUGUAUACAUUAUGUAUCUACACACAUCAUCUACCUACACACAUCCCACCUUCUUCCCCACACCAUGGCGCUCCGGCCUUUUUCGCAAUCAUAAGAACCAUCAUCCGUACCAUACAUUCCAGUUAAAACCGACGAUCCAAUCCUGCCCUCACCUAUCGAUGAAUGUCUCUCAGCCUCGCCAGCUAGAGUGAGACGUCUACAGAUAUGGGCGCUCAACAACCUUACUUGUACGAUGCCGAAAGGCGCGACUCUCGAUCACCCGAGAAACCAUUCGACCCCAAGGCCAUCACGAGAGCAAGCUGGGAACCGACACCUAAGAAGAAGAAGCAGAAAGGCCCAUUCAUAGCCUUCAACCGACAUCCUGAUGCGCAUGUCGUGCCGACUGGUCGUACCUCAAUGUUCAAGCCUAUGAGCAGCACUACGAAGUGGUGGAUCAAGUUCAUGAGAUAUGUUCAAUUAUUCCUUCGCAUCCUGGAGAUGAUCGGAGGCGGUUGUUUACUUGUCCUCAUGAUACUUAUCUCUAAUGUUGAUCCUCUUGUUUCUUGGAUUAUGAGAAUUACACCUGGUGUUGUAGCCAUCAGUUGUGUCUACGCCGUUUGGCAUCUCAUAAGACCCGCCGGGUCAAGACCACCCGGUUCGUCAGCAGCUUAUCAGAUGUUCGCCGGUGUCACGGACUUAGCUGUUAUACCGCUAUACGCUUUCGGUGUCAUCUCCGUUGUCAACCACGGCAAGGAGUGGAAUCUUAUUAUCGCGGCUUCUCCUGAACUUACUGAGUACCUUGUCCAGAGCGAGUACUUCGCCCUCAUCUGCGCCGGUAGCCUACACGUCGUUUCACUCUGCAUAUCGACCUGGCUGUGUCUGAUGUUCCGAAGAAUCGCUAACAUGCCGCCGGAUUUCAACCCAUUGGAAGACCAUCUCACCUCUCGCGUCAAACAGCACAAGCGCAACAAGUCGUCUGUCGCAACUAGCUACACCGCGGUCUCGGAUGAUUCCAAUCGUCUUGAUUCACCCCUCGAAAGCUACCGCAACUCAGGUGCCCCGUACGAAGACCUCUCGCGACCACCCAGCAUUCCGUUCAUGCACACACGCACCGGUUCCCGAGACUCUUUCGCUUCGAAGCGCGACUCGCGAUGCGACCUCCCUAGCAGACAAUACCAGAUUACACCAGGUAACUCUCCCCGCAAUAGCGUCGCGGAAUUGAAACGUCUGUCUACCCCACGAGUCGCCCAGCGCGCAAGCUACACUGAGGUCCCGUUGCAUGAGACCGGAGCAGCAUCGCCAUCCUCAUCCUCAUCUCGACCCAGCAGCAUCACUAUCGCGCCAACCCCCUCUCCCCACCAACCCACCAACGCCUCGCCAACCCGCAUCGCCAAGUUCACCGAAGCAUGGUACGCCUCCGAAUCUCUCAUCAACCGCACGCAAGAGAAGCAGCGUGCCCUCAAAGCCGCCGAGCGCUCGCGUCUGUCCCAGUCCCAGUCCCAACAGUACGAAGCCGUGAACCAACGGUACAACUUCGACGACUCAGACGACGACUCGGACCGCGAGAAUAACGAUAUGAUGCGCCCCGACGAUUCCGAUCUCGAAGCCGACGAUAUUCCUAGCAGCCCUAUCGACGUCAUGGGUCAUCUGCGCCCGAACCCGCUGCGCUUGAACCCGACUCCCCAGGGGCAGGCGCAGAUCGUACAAGGCAGAGAUAUCGCAAGUAGACAGAAGACGCCGUUCGAGCCGCUCUCAGAAGUAAGCCACAACGCGCGUAGCGUGAGCGGUAGCCAGGACAUCGCGGACGAAAAGGCCAGCCCAGCGCGAGCCCCAUCGUUCUGGCGUCGCAGCUUGAUCGUGCCUAAGAGCGGCGGGGCGGGCGCGGGGCGUAACAGAGACUCGUCGAUCCAGCCCGACGGCGAUUUCUACGCCAAACCAUACGGCGAACUGAAGCCUGCCACACCACCCGUCAUGCUCGGAGGAGGGGCGGCGAAAACAGGGGGCAAUCGGCAGGUCUCUUCUGGUAACGACUACGGCGAUUUAGGGAGCGGGAAUGCGGGUGCGGGUGCGGGUACGUGGAGAAGAAAUGUCAGCGGUAAGAUUGCGGAGGAGGGGCUGGGAGGGAAUAGGUAUUCGCGGUACAGCAUUCUUAACGAGGAUUAAGGGGGUGCGGAAUACUUUGGAUUAGACCAUGCGGGCAAAAAAAAAAAAAAAAAAAAAAAAAAAGUUGGUCCGGUGUAGGCUGCUUGGAGUCGUUGUGGU